AUGACUCUGCGUGGCAGCCACGCGAAGCAGAACGAUUCCGGCAACAACAACACCUCCGGCAGCAACGGCGCGAGCGGUAGCAGUCAGAAUGAGGCGCCCUCGGGACGACAUGAGAGCUCGAGCUCGGUCAAGUCGACGGAUACCGUCAAGGGUCCCUUUUCGAGUGCCAGAGGGACGCCGAUGAAAGUCAAUACGAACAAGAACUUGCAACUCGAUCGCAAAGACUCAGAGGUCUCACCUUUUAGCAAACCAGCUCCUGCCAAUGCGCGCUCAACGAUUGCACCAUGGGAUGUCGAGGGGUCGCCCAAGGAGCAGUCCAACAGUUACUCCGGGAGCAUCCCCGCUAUCAACAGACAGCCCCCCUCAGCCUCUCCAUGGUCCGGCAACACCAACAACUCUACGCAGAUGCCAAGUUCAGUCUUCGGCGGCACAUUCUACAACGACUCGACCGACAACCUCGGACAGGUCUCACCAGGCUUCGCACCGAAGAAUGGUAUGGGCUUCCCAGACGGUGACGAUCGACGACCUUCAAUCGCAAGCGCAACAACUGUGUCCUCGACCGGCUCCAAGUCCAGCGCGAGCGCGAAGGUGCACAAGAAGCUGCAGGGGUUCUUUGGCGAAGAGUAUACCGGUCUGAAGGAGGCGAGUCGUCAGGGCUCAGAGACGAGUUCGAUGCAGAGCAGCAACCUACCGGCCUUUGCGCCUGGCGCAGGCUCGCAGAGAAACAGGAACAACUCGGUCAAUGAUAUGCGCAGUGGUCCACCUUCGCCGUCGAGCUCAAGACCGCGCACGCCCGGUGCUUCUGCAGCUCCAGACAGUGAGGUGACGCCGUGGGUGUUCCAAGACAACCAGGACAUGCCCAGCACGUCUGGCUCCUUCUUCCCAGACCACAGUCGGACUCGCAACCAGAAAUCUUCGACCCACCACCGCCUCCACCUCCCCGGCCACCGACACAACCGCAGCAAUGAAGAGAAGCAUAGCAUAAGCCAUGGCGCAUUCCCACUGCGCCCCACGACGAGCAGAGAACAAUCGUUCAGCCUGCGGCGCGAGGGUCCCCCCUCAGCAAUGGCAUCUGCGCUUAACUUGAAAGGACGUGACCGCAGUCCCACACCAAGCACGCGCAGCAACAACAGCGGGCAGACGACACAGAGCCAGAAAUCGCCAGCCAACCAGCAAGGGAAAGAGAAGCGCUCACUGUUCGACCGAGUGACCGGUCGACACAAGAACGACAAGGAGGAUGGUGACAAGCUACAGUCGGCCUCUACCACGUCGCUUUCGAACCCUAUCUCACGCCCGCAGUCGAAGACUCGCAAUGACACCAAGUCCAUCGCGAAACCCACCAAGACCAAGACCGCUGACGCGAACGGUAACCUCGGCGGUAAGAAAGAGCACAGCAGAUUGCCCUUCAAGGGUCGCAAAGACACUGUCGCAGACACCAAGCAGGCCAAAGACCCCAACGCGAAGGCGUCUGAAGAUGGCGCGGCGCUAUGGCACCUUGAUACUGACAUGAAGAACAUGGAGGGGAUAGUAGACCACAAGCAGCCCAUGACGCCGCCGGCAGGAGGAACAGACGAGAUAUACACUGGCUGGCCUGGUGAGCAAGCCGGGAAGAAAGAGGUGCGCAAUGAAGAGACUGGAGCGUGGGAAGUGCCCGACAGCUGGGCCGUAAAGCGCGUCAAAGAUGAGAACGCACAGAGACUCAAGGAGAUUGACGAAGAUGGAAAUGCGCCUGGUGCUGAGGAUCCUGGUCCGAUGUACUUUAUGCGUAUCUUCCGGGCGGAUCAGACGUUUGCGGUCAUCUCUGCGAGUCUGAAUACCACGGCGGCGGAGCUGAUCAGCAUGAUGGCGAAGAAGACUUUCCUACAGGAUGAGCUGGAUAACUACCAGAUCGUUAUGCGGAAGCAGGAUGCCAGCCGCCAGCUCCAGCCUAGUGAGCGACCACUCGUGAUGCAGAAGCGUCUCCUGGAGAUGGCCGGCUACAAGUCCAACGACCGACUCGAAGACCUCGGACGGGAAGACCACGGAUACCUUUGUCGCUUCACUUUCUUACCUGCGAAGAUGAGUGGCUACUCAAGUCUCGAGCGUGAUCCUGGCUUCAACAAGGUCCAGCGCUUCAACCACAUCGACCUAGCCGGACGCAAUCUCAUCACCAUCCCCAUCGCGCUGUACCAGAAGGCCACCGAGAUCAUAACAUUGAAUCUUUCGCGCAAUCUGAAGCUCGAUAUCCCGAAGGACUUCAUCCAGGCUUGCACCCAGCUGAGGGAGAUCAAGUAUACUUCGAAUGAAGCCUGGAAGCUGCCGCAGAGUUUGUCUCUGGCCGCUAAGCUGACGAUGUUAGAUAUUUCCAACAAUCGGCUGGAGCAGCUGGAGCAUACCGAGAUGGACAAGCUUCCUGGCCUAGUGAGCAUCAGGCUGUCGAACAAUCUUCUCACCAGUGUCCCGCAAUAUUUCUCAAAGUACCACGCUCUGCGCAGCCUCAAUCUGUCGUCGAACUCUCUCACCGAGUUCCCGAAUGCGCUGCGCGAACUUACCGCUCUGGUCGACCUGGACGUGAGCUUCAACUCGAUCUCAGAUCUGGGCGACAUGGGCAACCUGGUGAACCUCGAGCGACUGUGGGCGACAAACAACAAGCUAUCCGGCGCCUUCGACGAGACCUUCAGCAAGCUCACGAACCUCAAGGAGAUCGAUGCACGCUUCAACGCCAUCACCAACAUCGACGUGGUGUCGCAGCUGCCGAAACUGGAGGCGCUGAUGCUGGGCCACAAUUCGAUCUCGCAGUUCGAGGGCUCGUUCCCGAAGCUCAAGGUGCUGUUCCUCAACCACAACCCAGUGACGAACUUCGAUCUCAGCGCGCCGGUGCCAUCCCUGGCGGUCCUGAACCUUGCCUCCGCGAAGUUGUCCCGGCUCCCGGAUGCGCUGUUCAUGAAGAUGUCGGGCCUCACCAAGCUGAUCAUCAGUAAGAACCACUUCGUCUCGCUCUCCUCGCACUUCGGCCUGCUGUCGAAGCUGGAGUAUCUGAGUAUUGCGAAGAACGAGCUGAGUCGCUUGCCCGCGGAGAUCGGACGGCUGCAAGAGUUGAGGUAUCUCGAUGUCCGGGAGAAUAACCUUGGCAUGCUACCCUCGGAGCUUUGGUAUGCGAAGCGCUUGGAGACACUCAAUGUGUCUUCGAAUGUGCUCUCGGACUUCCCCAAGCCUGGUGCACCGUUGCCGCCAUUGCCCGAUACUGCCGCGACGCCGAGCCAACCGCAGGCGAGCAGCCCGGACUUCGAGGAGCUAGGGAAGCUGGAGGACUUCCAGAUGCGUCGCCCGAGUGCUGCGUCUGGCAUGUUGAGCGUGUCGAGCUCGCCAGGCACGGCAUCGCGAAAGGGCUCAGUCGUGUCUUACAGCUCCCAGAAGCCCUCUCUCAUCGGCCGCACGAACACCAGUGGUAGCACAGCAGGCACCAUCACGCCCUCAGGCACGAGGAAGGAUUCCACGCUGAGCAGUAGACUGGCUUCGACGUUUUCGGGAUCUCUGCGGCACUUAUUCUUGGCUGACAACCGGCUCGAGGACGAUGUGUUCAAUGAGCUGGUCUUGCUGCCGGAGUUGAGGAUUUUAAAUCUGUCGUACAACCAGCUUUACGAUAUCCCACCGAGGACGAUCAAGAGGUGGCAGCAUCUGAAUGAGCUGUAUCUAUCCGGCAACGACUUGACUUCGUUGCCUUCGGAGGACCUAGAGGACGGGUCGUCGCUUAAGGUUUUGCAUCUCAAUAACAACAAGUUCCAGGUGCUACCUGCGGAAUUGGGCAAGGUGCAGAAGCUGGCGAUCCUGGAUGUGGGCAGCAAUAUGCUCAAAUACAACGUCUCGAACUGGCCGUACGACUGGAAUUGGAACUGGAACCACCAACUCCGGUAUUUGAACCUGUCGGGCAACAAGCGUCUGGAGAUCAAGCCGAGCCAGCAGUCGUUGAGCGGUAGGGACACUCGCGACCUGACGGACUUUUCUUCGCUCGUGAACCUACGAAUUUUGGGUCUGAUGGAUGUCACAUUGACCAUCCCGUCGGUACCGGACCAAGGCCCCGAUAGACGUGUGCGGACGGCAGGAUCCAUCAUCGGCACGACGAUGCCGUACGGUAUGGCCGAUACGCUCGGUAGAAACGAGCACCUGUCGAUCCUGGACAUGGUCGUCCCUCGCUUCCGCGGACACGAAGACGAGACGCUCAUCGGGUUGUUCGACGGGCAGUCGUUGUCUUCUGGUGGAAGUAGAGUCGCCAAGUAUCUGCACGAGAAGUUCAAGCAUCACUUCAUCGAAGAGCUGGACAAGAUCAAGAGCGGUGAGACGCCUGCUGAUGCCAUGCGCCGCACCUACCUGGGUUUGAACAAGGAGCUGGCGACGGUGGCUACGCAGAUGAUUGACGCGAAGGAGCAUCCUAGUCUUGCUCUGGCGCACAGGAAGAGCGUUUCCGGCCCGGAUCUGUCUGAGGACGAUCUGACGUCUGGAAGUGUGGCGACGGUCAUGUAUCUGCAUGGCAUGGAGCUUUACAUGUCCAACGUCGGCGAUGCGCAGGCUCUUCUCAUCCAGUCGGAGGGCGGACACAAGAUGAUUACUCGCAAGCACGAUCCGGCGGAGAAUAGCGAACGUGCUCGCAUUAGAGAGGCGGGUGGUUAUGUUUCUCGACAGGGCAAGCUCAAUGAUCAGCUGGAGGUGUCGCGGGCGUUUGGGUUCGUGCAGUUGACGCCUUGUGUGAUUGCUGCGCCGCACGUUGUGAGGGUGGACAUCAAGGAGUCGGAUGAGAUGAUCUUGCUGGCUUCAAGGGAGCUGUGGGACUAUCUGAGCCCGGAGUUUGCGGUGGAUGUGGCAAGACAGGAGCGUGGUGAUCUGAUGCGUGCGGCGCAGAAGCUGAGGGAUCUUGCGAUUGCCUUCGGCGCUACAGGCAAGAUCAUGGUGAUGAUGGUCGGCGUGAGCGAUCUCCGCAAGCGCGAGAAGGCGAGGUUCAGGACGCACAGUAUGAGUAUGGGCCCGUCUGGCGCCGCUGACGACUACUUCAACACUGUCCGCACCAAGGGCAGGCGUGGUCGGGAAACCGUUGGAGACUCCAAGCUUGCUCGCCUGGACCAGGAGGUCGAUGCGCCGACGGGAGAGGUGACGUUGGUGUUUACCGAUAUCAAGAACAGCACCAUCCUGUGGGAGACGUACCCCAUCGCCAUGCAGUCCGGCAUCAAGAUGCACAACGAGGUCAUGCGGCGACACCUGCGUAUCAUCGGUGGCUACGAGGUCAAGACCGAAGGCGACGCCUUCAUGGUCGCCUUCCCGACGGUGACGAGCGCGUUGCUCUGGGCCUUCACGAUCCAGAGCCAGCUCCUCGAAGUCCAAUGGCCACAGGAGAUCCUCAGCAGCGUCCACGGCGCCGAGAUGCAAGACGCCGACGGCAAUGUCAUCUUCCGCGGUUUGAGCGUACGGAUGGGCAUCCACUGGGGUCGGCCAGUGUGCGAGAUCGACCCCGUGACCAAGCGCAUGGACUAUUUCGGACCAAUGGUGAACCGGGCCGCGCGAAUCGAGGGCGUGGCCGACGGCGGCCAGAUCUGCGUCUCCUCCGACUUCAUCUCCGAAGUGCAGCGCAUGCUGGAAAGCCACAUCGAAGGCGACCGCACUGGAUCUACUGGCUCCGAGGACACGCUCUCCGACGAUCUGCUGACGCAAGCCAUCCGCCGCGAACUGCGCAGCCUCAGCAGCCAGGGCUUCGAAGUCAAGGACCUGGGCCAGCGCAAUUUGAAGGGGCUGGAAAACCCAGAGUACAUCUACCUCAUGUACCCGCACUCGCUGGCCUCGCGGCUGGUGGUGCAGCAGCAGAAGGUCGAGGCGGAGACGCGCGCGAACCAACAGGCGGAGCAGGAGGGGCGCAAGGCGAGGGAUUCGUCGCUGACGAUCGAUACCGAUACUGUGUGGGCGCUCUGGAACGUUAGUCUGCGCCUGGAGAUGCUCUGCAGCACGCUCGAGAACAAGGAGAGCACGAGCCUGAAGCCGCCGGAGACGGCGCUGCUGGAGAUGAUCAAGCAGAAGGGUGGCGAGGUGACGGAUCGGUUCUUGGUCAAUUUCGUCGAGCAUCAGAUCUCGCGGAUUGAGACCUGCGUCUCCACCCUCGCGAUCCGCAACAUGAUCAAGCCGUUCAAGGACGGGAUGCUCAACCAGGCGUGCCCGAUCGGGGACAUUCUGGGCGAGCUCACGUCGUCGCUGGAGGAGCUCAGGAAGUACAAGGAGCAGGAGGAAGAGGAGUUUUCUAUGGCGCCUUCGUAG